GUAUUUAUAUAUUGGGUGGUUGAGUGGGAAUAAGUUAAAUUAAUUAAUUCAUUAUAAUUUCUUAUAUACUUAUAUACAUAUACCAUAAAACACCCCCGAUAUUCUAUUUUUAAAUCAACUCAAUAUGGUUGGGAAUGUUCAUCAGAUUUUGGAUUCAAUAUCAUCCCUUUUGCAGGUGAAAUUUCCAAAAGAUACUUCAAAAGAUCAGUCUAAACAUGAAGUUAUUAGCACAAUUUUUGAACUUAUGAAAUCAACGGAGAAUUUGGAAUAUAUUCCAAAAAAUAGAACAGAGACUGCAGAGAUUCAGCAGUGGAUUGAAUAUGGAAUUGUAUAUGGGGCACACUUGGAAACUCAACAAAAUAUUAGUUUUAUUCUGACCGAACUGAAUAAUAUUCUUGCUACAAAGACAUACCUUGCAGCACCAAGAAUAACUGUAGCUGAUGCAUUUAUAUAUCAUGUUCUCCUGAAGACUAUGGGAUCUCUUUCAAAUCUUGAAAAGGAAAAAUUCCUGAAUGUUUGCAGAUGGUUUGAUACAGUACAAGAUAGAUUUUCAAGAAAAAAAUCUGAAUUGGUAGAUUUUAGCUCAAUUUAUUUAGCUACCUUAGUACCAGCAAGGCAUUAGGAUCUUUCUAUUGUAUAAAAAAGACUAAUAAAAAUUUAAGAUUGCUGUAAAAUAA